AAGAUUGCGGCCGGCCGGCUGCAGUAAGCUUGUGAAACAGCUGCGGCUCUCGGCGCUGAGACCGGAAACCCCACCACACCCACCCGCCGCUAGCCAGCUCCUGGUCGGUUUGAACUUGACCCUGUUUUGCCGUUGCUAGGAGACCCGGCUCCGGCGCGCCCCCCACUGGCCCGCGCCCGGGCGCGCACGGGAAGGGGGCGGGGCCCCGGCAGGCGCCGGGGGCGGUCGGCAGAGCACCGUUAGGGCUGCCCGGCGCCGGGCCAGCGUCCCUGGAAGCGGCGUCUCGUCCCCUGCCACCGCCCAGGCCUCGCCGGCGCCCUCCCGCUGGUAUCAAAGCACUGCCGAGUGGCAGAGAGUCACGCUGGAUCCGGGCGCGGGAAGGACAUUCAGUCAGGGCUGCAACCGCCAGAGCUUCCUGGAGAGCUAAGCUGAGCGGGCGUGGGGUGCUUGUCCGCCCCAGUGUCGAGAAGCCUACCAAUGCUUUCUCAUUUGGACCCACGCUCCAAUUCAGGAGCAGUCUGGUAACUGGAUCUCCUAGGAAGAGAAGUUCUUAAAGAGUAAGAAGAAAGCAUUUCAAUUUGGAACACUUCUCUGCAACUGGAAAUGGGGAAUGGACUGUCAGACCAGACUUCUAUCCUGUCCAGCCUGCCUUCAUUUCAGUCCUUCCACAUUGUCAUUCUGGGUUUGGACUGUGCUGGAAAGACAACCGUGUUAUACAGGCUGCAGUUCAAUGAAUUUGUAAAUACCGUGCCUACCAAAGGAUUUAACACGGAAAAAAUUAAGGUAACCUUGGGAAAUUCUAAAACAGUCACUUUCCACUUCUGGGAUGUAGGUGGUCAGGAGAAGUUAAGGCCACUGUGGAAGUCAUAUACCAGAUGCACCGACGGCAUUGUGUUUGUCGUGGACUCUGUUGAUGUUGAAAGGAUGGAAGAAGCUAAAACUGAACUUCAUAAAAUAACAAGGAUAUCAGAAAAUCAAGGGGUCCCUGUGCUUAUAGUUGCUAACAAACAAGACCUGAGGAACUCACUGUCUCUCUCAGAAAUUGAGAAAUUGUUAGCAAUGGGUGAACUGAGCUCAUCAACUCCCUGGCAUUUGCAGCCCACCUGUGCAAUCAUAGGUGAUGGACUGAAGGAAGGACUUGAGAAACUGCAUGAUAUGAUAAUUAAAAGAAGAAAAAUGUUGCGGCAACAGAAAAAGAAAAGAUGAAUGGUGAUACCUUUUAUAUCUGUGUGGAGUAGGUUUUCUCUGGUCUGAUUUUGACAAAUGGAAGAGUGUCUUCAGCCUGGUUUGCCUGCCUGCCUUCCUGGAUGCUGUUAAAGCUUUGUUUUGUUGAACAAUCAGAUGUCCAACUCUGUUGCCUUGUGGAAGAUGAGUAAAUGCAGUGCUUCUUAAAAUGGUCUCUUCUCCCUACCCCACAAAUCUUCUGGUACUGCCAUUUUGGGAAGCCAAGCAAGGAUAGAAAAUUGACCAGAAAACAGUUAGGGAAAUUUGACCUGAAGUUAGUGAAAUAAAACUUUGAAGAGUG